UUUUAACGAUAACUAUAUAUGUAGGCAGUUAUUAGGGUCGAGGACGACGAGGAGGCAGUUUUUGUUAGGCCUGUAGCCACUUGGUCCUCCACAACAACAACAAACAGCGACCAUGACCACAGCUGCAAGACCAACAUUUGAGCCGGCCAAGGGUGGCAUGGGUCGGGGGGAGCGGGACCUCAGUGCACUCUCCAAACAGUACUCGGCGAGGGACCUUGCAUCACACACCCGCCUCAAGUACCGUGACCAUGGCCAGUCCACUACUGAGGAGCUCCGCAACCGAGACUUUCGUCGCGAGCUGGAGGACCGUGAACGUGCAGCAAGGGACAAGCGAACCAGCAGCAGCAGUGGUGGUGGCAGUGGCAGCAGCAGCAGCAGCAGUAGCAAUGCUAUUACUCGAGAAUCUGGAAGUUCCUCCUCUUCCUCAUCCUCCAAAAAGCCAAGACUCGAUCAGAUUGCUCCAUCCAACUUGGAUGCAGAUGAUCCUCAGGAUGAGGAUGAUGAUGGCUCAGAUUCUGACGACUCAGAUGAUGAAGCAGUCCUUUUUGCUGAGCUAGAGCGCAUCAGAAGAGAGCGAGCUGAGGAAGAUGCCAGGAAACAACAAGAGAGACAGGAACAGGAAGAAAGGAUACGCAUGGAAAACAUUAUCUCUGGUAACCCCCUCCUGAACCUUGCUGCAGCACCAAAAUCUGACAUGAAGGUCAAGAAACGAUGGGAUGAUGAUGUUGUGUUCAAAAACUGUGCUGCCUCAGAACCAGACAAAACUGAAAAGUCCUUCAUCAAUGACUCUCUGCGAUCUGAAUUCCACAAACGUUUUAUGGAAAAAUAUGUAAAGUAAUCAUGGCCUCAUGAUGGUAGGGUAUAGCAUUAGAUAAGAUUAAUGUAAUUACAAUUACAAAAUAUACAUUAUAGUAAAGGAAUUUGGGAAGAUUUUAAUCCUAUUUUUCAGUUUAAGAAUUACUUGGAAAAUAAAUUUAUGUAUAGCUCUAUCAUGUAUUACUGAAAACUUUACUUAGGAAUAUUUGUGAUUUCAUUAAGCACUCUUUGUAAGAUAAAUCACCUAGAAUUAUAUAAAGAUCUCCAAACUGUUUGGCUCAUUGUAAUUGUAGUUAUCAGUGCUGCAAAGACAAACAUAACACAUUUUCCCUAGAUGUGAAAUUUUCGUAAUAAUAUGCCACCCAUCAAAGUGUUGUAACAUUCUGGAUGUACUAAUUGUUACCUUGCAAUAAAGUAGUUUUCUUUAAGAAAAUUGUAAAUCUGAAUUGCACUUGUUCAUUCAUCAGUCACCACCACCACCAAGAGAUUGAGCUGCUUGUGUACACCUGUUAGUGUAAGAGUGCAUACACAAAGAAAGCAGUGUUGGUUACCCGUGUGGAUCCACACUGAUUACCCACACAGGUAACUACCUCCAGCCUGUGUGGAUUGAGCAGGCAAGAAUGGUCUAAACAAUCAGGACAGUGGGUUGGAGUAGGCUGCCUGCUGCGGCAAGCUCAAUCCCGCUUCAUCUGUGCACACCUCUAUACUGGUUUGAUUCUUGGUGCGGGUCGCAGCGGGUAGACCUGCUUUCUUUGUGUAUGCAUCCUUAGUGUUUUCAAGUAAUUUUUACUGACCAAAAAUUUACUAUUAUUUAAGCAACUAAUUUUACCACUUUGGUAAUUUAUGAGAAGUUCAGAAGAGUAAUGUGAGUUUGUCUACAAAUCCAAGUCUUGAGAAUUUAGUGACAGCAAUGUCAGCUGCUCUGGACCUUCCUGUAUUAUUUGUCUAAUCAUCAGGAAGUGUUUCCUGCAUAGGUAGGCUGAUAUUUUUUAAUUACUCUUCCAUAUAGGAGAUGAUGGGGCACAAAAAAGGUUGUUGCCUCAACAAAUUACAACAUCUAGUACAUAUAUUGUUCUGAAACUGAUUUCCAUUAUGAAGUUACAUAUAUCAACUUUUAA